GUCAUUUCUGCCCCCUUUUCCUUUUCAAAUCCCCUUACUAUCUUUUUUUUUAAAAAAAAAACUUUCUUUCUCGUCUUCGUUCCCGACUCGCUCUCCUCCUUGAAGCGUUUUAUUUUUCCCUUACCGCCUCGGCACCCGGGAAUAAUCGACCCUGCAACCAAGAUUCGCCGCCGUUUCGGCCCUCUUCCGAAAAAAAAAAGAAUCCACUCCUACUCGUCGAUGAUUCGUAUUGCACUGGUCAAUUGCUCCAGAAAGAAAAAAAAACCCUCAGUGUUGCCAAUUGCUAGAAGAAGAGAAAGAAGAAGGAAGUAG